AGCCAGGAGAACACCUGGAGCACGUGUUCGCAAUGGCUGAGUGGACUAAGUACAGUGGAGAAGAAAGUGACGCCACUUGGUACAAUAAUUCGAAAAAGUCGGGAAAGUCUUCCUGGGAAGAAGAUGGUGAGCUGUCUAAUAAUGAUGCAAGUCAGGAGUGUAAAGAAGCUGAUGGAAAGUAUAAAGAAAGAAAAACAAAGUAUUUGAGUAGAUUGAAAGAGAAUGAUAAUAAAGAUGUGCCAGACACAAAGUUUGUUUAUGAGAAUGGUAUGGCGUCCGAUGAGGAGAACGAUGACCAGGAUAAAUGCAUGCUGGAGCAGAAUGCAUUUAGGAAGAAUGAGCAGUUGGGAUCGCAGAUCCGUAAUGAAGCUAAGGAGGAGCUUAAGGGUUUGGCAAAACGGCCAAAUAGUUUGUAUGCUCGGGAGGAUGCAUUAUCACCACAAAAGAUCAAGAGCGUCUUCUAUGGGAAAAGAAACUCCACUUUCGGCUCUGCCGAUACGGACAACACUUCUAAGGAUUCAACACUGCAGAUCGACGAGCAGCUGGCGAAGGAGCAGAAUAUUGAGAAACUGGUGAACGGUAAGUCGCCUAAAGACGACAAGACUGUGCACCGUGUGCAGUUUAACAAGGAUAGCUCGAAAAGAAGGCAAUCGGGGGGUGAUAAACCGCAUCCUAGCCCAUCGGCGUCGAUCUCGACAUCGACAUCGAGCAGCUCCGAGGACAAUUCAAGUCUGGGACAGUUCUCUGAAGCUAGACCUCCGGAUGGCGGCUGGGGUUGGGUAGUGGUUGCUGCCUCUUUUAUGGUGAACCUUAUUGCGGAUGGCAUAACAUUUUCGUUUGGCGUCAUCUUUGUGGAGUUUCUGAACUACUUUGGGGAGGGUAAGUCUAAAACAGCAUGGAUUGGAAGCCUCUUCAUGGCCAUGCCGCUUCUUUCUGGACCAGUGGCCAGCUUCUUGACCGACCGAUAUGGAUGUCGGCGAGUAUCCAUUGCCGGAAGUAUUCUAGCCACAGCCGGCUUUGUCAUCAGCUCCUUCACGAAUUCUAUGGAACUUCUGAUCUUUACGUUUGGUGUAGUCGCGGGAUUCGGACUGUCCUUGUGCUUCGUGGCGGCUGUUGUCAUUGUGGCGUAUUACUUCGACAAGAAAAGAUCGUUCGCCACUGGAUUGUCAGUUUGCGGAAGUGGCAUUGGCACUUUUAUAUUUGCGCCAGUUACACAAUAUCUUCUUGCUGAGUAUGGGUGGCGUGGUACUACUCUCAUCUUGGCCGGACUGUUCCUGAACUUAGCUGUCUGUGGUUGCCUCAUGCGAGACUUGGAGUGGACGACGAUCAGGGCUAAGGCUAAAACAGAAGAACGUCGCAAGAACAGAGAAAUGAAACGUUCGAAGGUUCAAAGUUCAAGCGCCGAUUCAUUUUCUGCUACUAGCUCAGCAAAUACAAACACCCAGACACCUCAUGGCGAUCCUAAGAGGACCUUCUCCUCGGCCAAUGCCAUGUUUAUUGAGAAUCUGCGUCAGCAAGAAGAGGAGUCCACCGUGGAUAGUAGAAAACAGUUUUCUAGCUUAGUAAACUUGCCUACUUUCGUCAAGAAUGGCGAGAAGGUUCCACUGGAGGUACUGGAACUCCUCAGCACCAAGAAGAACGUCUACAACGUCCUGGUGCAAAACUAUCCGAGUCUCUUAAUAUCUUCUAGAAGUUUCAGUGACUCCGGAGCACUUCAUGAACAACUCAACACACCGUCAGCAAGGUUCGUUCCCACACCCAGUCCGCUGGCUGAAAAUAGGAUUGAAGAUGCUAAAGAUAGGAACACCUCGAGGGAGGUCAAUUUAAAUCACCAACAACACACCGAUGCAGCCUAUCUCUGGUGGCUGAAGAAGACGCAUCCUGACUGUCCACCAGAGAGGACAGGAACGCACGAACAUCCCAGGAGACUACCUACGGCCUACCUCAAAGACAUCCGAGUUCACCGGCACAGUCUGACAUAUCGCGGUGCAAUGUUGAACAUUAAUAGAUACAGGCUUAGGGCGUCGAGUUGUCCCGACAUCUACAGGAACUCGAUGACUACCAUCGCCAAGACAAAACUCGUGUGGUACGCCGGCUUGUGGGAGUUCUGGGACCUUUUGGUGGAUAUGCUUGACUUUUCACAUUUUUCCGACUCCAGAUUCCUGCUCUUUUCUAUUAGUAACUUCCUCCUGCACACCUGGUACGAUGUGCCUUACGUAUAUCUUACGGACAAUGCAAUAGAGAUGGGCUUCAGCGAGACGGAUGCUUCCAUUCUCAUCUCCGUAAUCGGGAUAACGAAUAUGGGUGGCGAGAUAAUACUGGGCUGGGCUGGCGAUAGGGCUUGGGUAAAUGCUUCCUUGGUUUACGCAGUAUGCAUGUCCUUGUGCGGUGCAGUGACAGCCAUGAUACCAAUGGUAAUCAGAAGCUACUAUGCCCUGUGCGCUAUUUCCGGAGCGUUUGGACUCUUCAUCGCAGCAAAUUACAGCCUUACAAGUAUCAUUCUGGUGGAGCUGAUAACAUUGGACCGAUUCACUAAUGCUUAUGGUCUCCUGUUGUUGGUUCAGGGUGUAGCGAACCUGAUGGGACCUCCGUUGGCUGGAUGGCUUUAUGAUAUCACCGGGACGUACGACCUCUCCUUCUAUCUGGCAGGCUUUUUCAUAGCUCUUAGCGGAGCACUAAUGAUGGUCAUGCCUUUGGUUGAAUUCUACAGAAAGUGGAAAUCCGAUACGGUGGCUAAAGGCGCCCACAAGGAGUAUCCAGAAAUCAAUAAUGUUUGAAACAACGACAUUUGGGACGCCUUACUGUACGAAAUGAUGAUGAUUAUAGUUUACGGGUUAACCCCGCUAUACUCUCCUGACGCCAUAAUGGAAUUAACGGGAGACUUCACUUCCGCAAUUAGGAAUUGUUACUUCUUCAGUUCGGAUUCUUACUAUGUAUACACAAUGUUAUACUAUAUAUAUGUUUUUCUUCACGUUAUCACGUUACCGAUUUUACAUUGAUUGGCCUAAACUGCCGUAACGGAACGAAUGAAAAGCUAUAUAAAUGUAUAAGAUAUUCGAGAAAAGGCCCAAAGAAUGAUUCACUUGCGUUGAAUGUUUACGGCUUAUGUUUUAAAGUUACACGAACAAACAGGAAUCGCUCAUACUUUCUGCAAUAUACGUGGUGCAAUAGUAUGUAUGUAAACGUGGCAUAGAUAAUUUGAAUCGUACCACGUGUACAAAUUCGUUUUCUUUCAUUAUUUUUCAAAUUUUCGUCUCUAUUUCUGUUGUGGAAACGCAUGACAUAACAUGAACACCAAUCGUAUAUAUUUAUUCGGUUUGCCUACUCUUGUGCAGAUGGACACCGCAUAUAUGAAAUACACGGCAGGAGAGCUUGAAAAUGAUUCUAGAUAUUACCUAUUAGUUUCUUUAGAGUAUUAUAUAGAAUGUAAAAAGUAUGUACAGAUUAGUAUGUCAGGCUUACUUGUAAUCUGGUAAUGAAAGGUUCGAGUAGCAAAUGUAAUUGAAGGGCGAAAAAGGAACAAGGUACUAGAUUGGAGAAAAUGAAAACUUGUUACUUUAUUCGCGUGUGAUAUGAGUAAGAUACGAAGAAAAAUGGGAGAUACCCGAAUUGGUCAAUGUUUAAAGUUUCGAAUCUCAGGAUACCAAUUAUUAAUUACUGGCUAAUUAACGGUUAUGAAUUAAUUGUAUGUUAACCAAGCGCCAUCAGAAACUGAAACUUUAUCAGAUUGACCAUAUUACAGUGUGUUCUAAUUUUAAUCACACCCAAGAAAUCGUUAGGUCAUAUUGUCAUUAUAUCUCCAAUAAUUAAGAUUAACUCACGUUUAUUAUUUGUCAUUUGAAUUGAUAAACUUUACUUACUGUAUAUCUUCAUCUUUAAUAGUUUUUUUUACGAUUCGGUCUUAUGUUUUGAAACGUUUUAACUAAUCAUUAUAACAUCCAUAAUUAUCUUGAGGAUUAACGUUGUAUACCUAGAAAAGUUACGUUUGUAUACAUAUUCACGUUGAGUUAGUUUUUAAAAUAAUUGAGUUAAUUGUGUUUAUAUAUGGAUCAUUUCAAUGUACGUAAUGGAAAAGUAGUACUUUAAUAUUCUUUGUUUUUGUAAUUUCUACCUGAGACGACGGGUCGACAUUUGAUUGCCCCAGAGAAAAAUAUUCCUUUUGAAUGCAUUAUUUCAUUUUUUUUAAGUGCCUUGGUUUGCUUUUUUUCUAUAUGAAUACAAGUUUAGAUACAUUUUUUAUUUAUCACACGUAUCCAUACAAGAUGAGUGUGUAUAAAAUUUUUUCCCCAGAGGUAUACAUGCGCAAACUGAAAUUCUAGUACACAUGUCCGCAUACAGGACCCAUCAUUUUCCACAUAGAUAGGAGUGUGUACAUGUACAUAUUUUCUGUGAUUAUCCAAUGACAAAAUAUUUUGUAGUUCAUGCGUAUACGUAUCGUAUGUACACGCGUGAACGCACUGUGCAUGAGUGCAUGAAAUUGAUAAACUCAUAAUCCACGUAUACUGCACGUAUAUGCUAAAAUACAUAUACACACACAUAACACAGUAUUUCAAUUUAUCAUGAGAUAGAUAGUUAGAAUUUGGAAUUCUCUAUUUCUCAAUAAUAGGAAGCACCCUCGGUAAAUCGUAGAGAAAUAGCAUGUAAGAACGUUAAUUAGAUAGAUUAUAAACGUUAAGUCCGGGGAAAUAAUUAUAUAAUAAGAAUAACAAUAGCCUGGUGGCCUUUAAGGACAUCAAAAAAACGUAAAAAAGCAAUAUUUUAUUAAGAAGGAAAAAAAUUAAAUCAGAAUAGGGAGAAGUGGAACAACAGGAACAACAAACAAUGAAUUUUGGAACCAAACAUUUUUUUUUUGUAUUAAACAUUGCUCCUUUUCUUAGUCUUGUCUCUAAUGCAGAGCAGCUACCAUCGAAAUUCUCAAGCUUGCACAAUUUUUUUCAAAUGUAACCUGUCCUUUCAAACGUGUUACCUUAUAUAAAUUUUUUCCAAACUUAUGUCAUUUCAUAGUACUCUUGGCGUCUAAAGAAAUUCUACAACUAUGAAAUUGGUGCCUCGGGCACCCUUAAUACUUCGUUGUCACACUUAUUUUCUGAACUCAUCUUAGCACCCUUCUUAGUUAUGCUAAUUAGAGUUUGACUUUGCAUUUUUUUAUUGGAUUAUAUUUCCGAUUUAAAUUUACCAAUUUUAGUUACUUUCUUGUAGUGAUGAUAGACUAGGCUCAAACGAUUUAGAAGAAGUACAUACAGGGUGCAAAUUUUCAUCAGUGUGACAAGGAAGGAUUACUAUUUUAGUAUUAGUGGUAUUUACUAGCAUCAAUGAUUCAACAAUGUGCCGAAAGAAAGGUAAAGUAAAAGUCAAACAGCAGAAAAAAUAUUCUCAUUAUUCGUAUUUGAAAAAUAUACACAAAGAUAUUUGGCAAUUCAAUUUCAUUACUGUGCCCCAGUCUUCUUAUGAGUAUAAAGAUAGUUGAUUGACUGAUCAAUCAUAUUUGAUUCUACCAGUAAGAGUAAUAGACUAGGAUGGCAACUAGGUAGCUACGAAUAAGUAUUAGGAGUAGAAUUAGCUCUUCUACGAUGGAUUAUUCCCAAGUAAAAAAAGAAAAGAAAAGAAAAAGAAAAGAAAAAUAAAUGAAACAAUGUACUAUACUAAGGUCGAAGUGGAAGUCCAAUUUUCGCAGUGCCUGCAUGUUUGCGCCCAUUUACUUUUUACCUUCCUGACAGUUUUUCUCAUUUCAUUUGUCCUGUCGUUUUCAAAUAUUAGCGCGACUUAAUAGGCAGGCUUGACAUUGUAUAAUAUAUUAUAAUUGAGAAAAUAA